GAUAUAAAACAGAUGCGACAAGCUCUUGACGAUGAAAAGCGUACCCGUGAUGUGAGAAAACAGGAGUUGAAGGAAAAAGAAAAACUGUUAUUCAGUAUAUCAGAGACCUCUCUAGGUGAAGAACAACUAGAAAGAACAAGACUGGAACAAGAAUUAAGCCACGUGAAGAAUGCUGGUAAUAAGCGGGUAAAGACCUUGGAAAACCAACUUCGUGACACAUCUCGUUUGUGCGAAUUAAAGAAAGUGGAGAUUAGAGAAAAAGAAGCGGCGGUCAAUAAUUUACAGGUGCUUCUUGAAGAAAACCAACAAGAGAAAUCUGAAAUAAAAAAUCAAUUGAGCCAGCAGCAGAAGUCUUGUACCAAACUGGAAGAAAGAUUAAAAGCCGAACAAGUAUCAAGUCAAUCUAUCAAACUCCAGCUCGAAGCAAAUGAGCUCCUCAUAAGAGAACUACGACUUAAAGUGGAACAGGGGCGUGAACAGAGGACUGCUUUGGAGGAAACGGUAAGGCGACAGCAGCUUCAAUUUGCAGAAGAAAAGGACAGGCAUGCAUCCAUUGAAAGAGAUUUACAAUUAGCCCUGUCUACAACUCAAGCAGAAGUGUCAGAGCUCCUACGAAGCGGCACGUGCGACUGGAUCCUGUUACGAGAAGAAGUUACUCUUGGCAGAAAAGUCUUAGGCAAGGGAGCCUGGGGAAUUGUUAACGAAGGAAUGUUUCGCGGUUGCAAAGUUGCUGUUAAAAAAAUUCAUGACCUGAUUCUCUCUGAUCACAAUCGUCGAUCAUUUGAACGAGAAAUGAACAUCGCAUCGCGCUGUCGCCACCCAAAUCUUUUGCAGUUUAUCGGCGCUACAAAUGACGAUGGUAGUCCAUUGUUUGUCACUGAGUUACUCGAUACUUGCCUGAGGCGUUUGUUAUCCGAACGAGAAUUAACUCCCAAGGAAGUUUUGAACCUUACUUUGGACAUCGCUAGAGGUCUUAACUACCUCCAUCUUAACAAACCGCUUCCCAUCAUUCAUAGGGAUAUCAGCAGUGCAAACGUGUUGCUUUGGAGAAGAGGCGAGUGUUGGAGGGCUAAGUUGUCUGAUUAUGGAGCGGCAAACUUUAUGCGACGUUGCAUGACAGCAAAUAAAGGGGCAAUAAUUUAUUCAGCACCAGAGGCUUUUACUCCAAAACAAUCACCGAAGGUGGAUGUGUACAGCUUUGGUGUCCUUCUGUGUGAGAUGUGCAUCAGAGAACAACCGGAUCCCCAAGAUCUUCCUGAUCAGAUUAAACGGGUUUCCGAUGAUACUUUCCGUCAGCUCAUUCAGCGGUGCGUGGAAAAGGAGCCUGGAAAACGCCCCACUAUGGCCGAAGUAAUACCUGCUCUGGAGCAGUGUUAGGAUCCUGUGAGGAUCCCUUCAAAAACGAAAUAGUUAGAAUAUAGUUUUAAAGUAGAAUUCUCUCCAUUGCAGGCUCGCCCCUUCUUCGUGAGCAGGGGCAGGGGAGAAAUCGUUCCAAGAUGCAAUAGUAAGGACAUAGAUGUGAUAAUGUCACAGCUUGCAGAAACCUCUCGAUAUGAAUCUAUAAAUAUAGAAGUGUGUAGAGGUCACGUUAUCGAUGGCAACCAAACUAGGUAUUCAAAUCAAUAGAAAAUCAGUAAACGGUAGUGUAGCAAAGAAUCAUAUUAAAUCACGCAAAUUUGUAGAUAUUUUCAUGACGUUUUCGUCCAACGCCUCAUGAAACAAUGAGACUUACUACAUAGUGCUUUAGUCUUAGGUCUGUUCAAGACUACGAAAGAUUGUUUUCUUUUGUUUUAGUAUUGGCGUCCAACCACUUUUUUUUAUGUAUUUUUACCAACCGAUUUGUAUUCAGGUUUGUUUGGAAAUGGAGGAGUAAGAGAAUACUAUUAUCAAGAUUAGUCUGAUGGCGUUACGUUGAGGUCAAAUUUAGAUUAUUCGAAGCUGAUUUAAAUGUUAAUGAUAACAAACCUUUUUAAUCCAUUUUGAUUUUUCUGUGUGCAUUGAAACCGUCAAUUUAGUCCAAAGUGGUCGCACACAUAGGGUGAGUUAACUUCUGUAUUCGGACGCUUUUUAUGCCUUACGAUUGGAAGUAUAAUGUAAUUAACAAGAUUAGCAGUGAACUACUAGUCAGACUCAAAUGACUAGAAUUGAAGUAUA